AGUUGUGAUCAAUACCCUGAGGCUCUCACAACCACCUACCUCUUAUUAACCACCCGUCCUCAGUCAACCCCUCCCCUUCACGCAAGAUGCCCACCUACAUCCACCUCGUCCGCCACGCCCAAGGCUUCCACAACCUCUGCGUCGCCAACCACCAGCUCCCGGACCCAGACCUCACCCCGCUCGGCAAGGAGCAGUGCGCCACGCUGGCCAAGACAUUCCCCUUCCAGUCCCAACUCACCCACCUCGUCGCCUCCCCGCUCCGCCGCACCAUCUACACCUGCCUCCUCUCCUUCGAGCCCGCCCUGCAGCACCUCCAACAACAACAAUCACAACAACAACAAACCACCCCCCCCAACCCGCCCGCCGCCGUGGUCGUCGCCCUCCCCGAACUACAAGAAGUCUCUCGCUUCCCCUGCGACACCGGCUCGUCCCCCGCCGCCCUCGACGCCGAGUUCGGCCCCGCGGGAACCGUCGACCUGUCGCUCGUCCGCGCCGUUCCGGACUGGAACGUGAAAACCGGCGCCAGCCCCUUCGCGCCGGUCAUGGCGCGGCUGGAGGCGCGGGCGCGCGCCGCGCGGGUAUGGCUGCGCGAGCUGGGGCGGAGGUUUGAGGAGGUGAAUCCGGGCGUGGAUGCGCAUGUUGCGGUGGUGACGCAUGGGGGGUUCUUGCACUUCUUGACGGGGGAUUGGGAUGGGAUGAAUCCGGAGGCGGGGACGGGGUGGGUGAAUACGGAGUGGAGGAGUUAUGAGUUUGUGGAGGGGGCGGGUGGGAGUGGGGAUGGGGAUGGGGAGGCGGCGCUGCGGGAGACGGGGGAGAGUUGGCGGCGGCGGAGGGGCAGUGCGGCGGGGUUGACGGAGACGGAGCAGAUGGAGUUGAGGGCGGCGGUGGAGGGGAGUUUGGUGGAGGAGUGGGGGGCGGAUGGGGAGAAGAAUUAGGGUACAUAGAGGUUAGGGUGUCUCGUGUUUAGAUGGCUGGACUGGAUAUCUAGAGAGGGGGUGGUUGGUGAAGGGGAACUUGGGUUGGUCGCUUGGCUUAGAAUACGGACGGGAGGGUGAUGUUGAUGUCCUUCGGCCCCGUCGCCGGUCGUUUUGGGGG